ACAACUGAAGUUUGACUAUUUUCCCCCAACAUUCGAACAACUAUUUCCUCCAUUCACCAUCACCGUCACCGGAAUCGUAACAAACUAUGGACAAACUACUAACCGUAGGAACUAAAAUCGUCGCCGUCGGCCGUAACUACGCCGCUCACGCCAAAGAACUCGGUAACGCCGUUCCCAAGGAGCCGGUUUUGUUCAUGAAACCGACGUCGUCUUACUUACCGAAUGGCGGAACGAUCGAAGUGCCGCAUCCGUUGGAAUCGCUCGAUCAUGAGGUUGAAUUGGCGGUUGUUAUUGGUAAAAAAGCUCGUGAUGUUGCUGAAUCAACUGCAAUGGAUUAUAUCGGAGGUUAUGCACUUGCACUGGAUAUGACUGCAAGGGAAAUCCAGGCUUCUGCAAAGUCUGCAGGUCUUCCAUGGACCGUUGCUAAAGGACAGGACACUUUCACACCAAUCAGCUCCAUUCUGUCCUUAUCAAGGGUGCCGGAUCCUCAUAGCUUGGAAUUGUGGUUAAAGGUAGAUGGAGAAAUACGGCAAAAAGGAUCAACAGAGGAUAUGAUUUUCAAGAUACCAUAUUUGAUCAGUCAUAUUAGUAGUAUUAUGACACUUCUAGAAGGCGAUGUCAUAUUAACAGGAACCCCUAAAGGUGUUGGGCCAGUCAAAGUUGGUCAAAAGAUUGAAGCUGGCAUAACAGGCCUCUUGGAUAUGCACUUUGAUGUAGGAAGACGGCAAAAGUCGUUAUAGAAGUCCAGAGUUGAAAGUUGAAAUACAUUUCAAGCGCAUUGGGUUUGUCAGAAUUUGGCUUUAUUGUGUAAGUUUCAAACCUAACUUCAACAACUACAGACGAGAAUAAGCAUGUGGUUGCUUCAAACUAGCACCACACCGCAGUUUAUCUUCUUUGAUGUGGUGUGUUAUGCAUACAUUUCACUAAACAUUGAUAUCCUAGACUUGCAUUCUGAUUUUGAUAAAUAUAACAAGCACUACAACAAAACAGACUUUAGCGGUGGAUUUGAAGUCGGUUUUGGCUGUAGAGUUGUUUUCAAGUUUUU